AUGGCAGACAAUCUAGUAUGGUCAGCCCAACUGGCUGUAGCUUCUUCAAGUUCACAGCAUGCAUCCAAAUUACCAGGCGACAAGAUUAUUCUACCCCAAUCUGCUCUAGAACAACUUCUCGCCGCGGCACCGCUACAAGCCGUAUCUUCGAACCCUCGCGUGCAGACCGUAGCCUUCGAUCCCUUUAACCCUCACACAUUUGCGGCCGAAACUCGAGCUCGUCAGCAAGCUGAGCACAGACAACAGCAACUUCCUCAUCCGCUUACAUUCCGAAUUGUGAAUCCUCAGAAUGAUCGCUUUGUGUAUGCCGGAAUCCGGGAGUUCUCCGCUGAGGAGAAUGAGGUUGUGCUGAGUUCUUUGCUCCGUGAAUCUCUCGGGAUUCAGGAUGGGGAAGAAGUCAACUCGGAGACAGAUGGAGUGAUACCACAGGCGGCUGGGGAACAAGAGUCGUCAACUACAUCAAUCCCAUAUGUAACUGUACAUGCGAAGCAACUGCCCAAGGGCACGUAUGUGCGGUUACGGCCUUUGGAAGCUGGAUAUGAUCCUGAAGACUGGAAGGCAUUGCUGGAGCGACACCUGCGCGAUAAUUUUACAACUUUGACUGUUGGCGAGCUAUUAAAUGUUCCAACGCGCAAUGAGGCGUUUCGAUUCUUGGUCGAUAAAGUAUCUCCAGAGGGAGAUGGAAUUUGUGUCGUGGACACCGACUUGGAAGUGGAUAUUGUCGCUUUAUCGGAAGAGCAAGCGCGAGAGACUUUGCGGAAACGACUAGAACGCGCAGCGCGAGCACCUGGAACCACGAGUGGGAGCUCGGUUGGUGGUGUUCUCACCCUUGGAGAGGAAGUUGAAGCCCAGGUUUUACCUGGUGAAUACGUGGAUUAUGAGCUUCGAGCAUGGACUUUUUCAGAUACGCUCCAGGUCCAAGCUAUCAGCGAUGAUCCGAGCAUUGCUCUUUUUGUGAGUCCGUUCAGUGCUCAUCAACAAGGACGACCUCGGGCGGACAUGCAUGUCUGGGGAGACUUUUCAACUCAGUCUUCUAAGCAAAUGAAGAUUCAAUCAACGAAUGUGGCUCUUGAAGGUGCAGAUGCUCUUUACGUUUCGGUUCACGCUCUAUCUUCUGGAUCUGAGGGUGCGGCUACACAGUCGCCAGUACCAUAUCGCCUGCGAAUAACUGCUGGUCAGGCUAGUACAGAGGAAAACCAAGAGGGCGCAGAUGAGUCUCACGAACCCGAUGAUGUACAGUGUCAAAAUUGUCGGCAAUGGGUACCACAACGAACGUUAGUUCUUCACGAGAACUUCUGUCUACGAAACAAUAUCCUCUGUUCUCAGUGUCAUCGUGUCUUCCAGAAACGAUCUCCCGAAUGGGAAAACCACUGGCACUGUCCGCAUGACUCGUCUCAUGGUAACGACCCAAGCAGCAAAGUCACCCAUGAUUCUAUUUUCCACCAAUCGUGCAAGUGUCCAGACUGUCAGGCCGAGUUCGAAGGACUUCCCUCUCUAGCACAACACAGAACCACCGAGUGUCCAGGAAAACUGAUCAUGUGUCAAUUCUGCCAUCUAAUUGUACCUCAGAAGGGUGAUUCAGAUCCCGAUCUCCUCGAUCCAGAAGUGAUGUUAUCCGGUCUAACCCCACACGAGCUGGUCGAUGGAGGUCGAACCACCGAAUGCCAUUUAUGUGGGAAGAUCACUCGACUACGAGAUAUGAACACCCAUCUCCGACACCACGACCUAGAGCGUCUAUCCCGACCAUCACCACGGAUCUGCUUAAACCAGAAUUGCGGCCGUACACUCAGCGCAAGCAAACAUUCGCUCGGUUUAUGCAGUAUUUGCUUUGGGCCUUUGUAUGUGGAUACAUAUGAUCCGGAAGGAAAAGCUCUCCGUCGUCGCAUUGAACGACGAUAUCUCUCACAAUUGAUGACUGGAUGUGGUAAAGCGUGGUGUCAGAAUACGUAUUGCAAAACUGGAAAGCAGAAUAUUAUGCAAGUUACAGAAAGUGACGCGAUGAGCGUGGCUGAUAUCAUGAAAAACACACGCCCGCUCGUCGAUGCCAUCAAUGUGAAGCCAGACGUGCCAAACGACUCUUCAUUCUACCUCUGUACGGAUGAGACGGGACAGACUCGUCGCAAUUUAGCGGAGAUGAUCUCGGCUGAAGGGUCGAUGGAUGGUGGUAAAGGAUAUGAUCUUGAAUGGUGUAUUGCUGGUGCCGAGGCGUCUUCUGGUGAUUUGGAGAAGACUAGAGAAUGGUUGGCUAAAUGGGCACCUGCUCGGGGUGAGGCUAUGCCAUAG